AUGGAGAAGCUGAGCGGGAGCAAGCAGAAGAGCCCCAAGGCGGCGAAGGCGAAGAAGAAGCCGGUAAAGGUGGUGUACAUCUCCAACCCCAUGAGGGUGGAGGCUUCGGCCUCUGAGUUCAAGGGCGUCGUACAGGAGCUCACUGGUCAAGACUCCGACAUCUCAGACCUUUCCAAAUUUGGUGACGGCCGGCCGGAGACGGAGAGGGCGCCGCCGAAGGAUCCCCCCGCUGCCGCCGCAGAGCUCCAACUGCAGCAGCAGCGGCAGGACACCGGCGACAUGUUCGACGAGAUCUUCACCCCGCAGGUGCUGGAGGACCUCGCAGGGAUCAUGCCCCCGGGGCCGUUCUACGAGCCCCUUUCUCCCCACCUUGAGGGCACCAGGAGGAAGAGGGACGGCGAGUGA